AUGGCCGUACACAAACGCGAAUCUCGUCUCCGCCGCUGGGCGAGAAAACUUGGCAGUUGUCUACGAAAUCACCAUCCGCACCGCAAGUACAAAUCCGCUAGCUAUGUGGACAUGGGUAAGACAGCAUCAUCACCAGUACGUCGCCCCGAUGUCCGGCACACGCCACGCAAAGGGCUCAUCGAUCGAAGAGAGCAGCCGCCGAAAAAAGGACCCAACGGCGGCACCAAAGUAUGGGAUGGAAAAACUAAAUGGGCGGCACCGUCAGCAGGAAGCCUACGAAAGGCCACACUUCAAGAUUGUCCGCCAGACGAAACUAUUCGGCUAGUAAAUGCGAGUGUAAAUUCACUUGUCGGUGGUCGACUGGGUUCGCAAACACCGAGGUUUGCUGGAAGGGUGUCCAAGCGAGCUCUCGGUGAACCCCGGAAACAACAGGCAGAUUUGCCAGGCCAAUUAGAAGGCCCACGCUCGGUACUCUCAUGGCAGGAGUCAUUUGAGCUGCAGCGAGCACUCAGGAGAGAACUGCCUCCACCUCCCCCCAACAGAUACGACUCCGCUGUUGAUGUGACGAUCCGACCCCUCCACGUCCGCAAGCAUCAAGUUCAGCGGCUGUACUGCCCUUCUGGGCUGGGAAGAUCGACCGCUGUACCCGUUCAACCCAAAUCGACGGCCAACUCCCGAAUUCUCCACGCACCGGCAUUCCAUUCCCAGACCGCCUUGCCUACAGCGGACAAAGAGCCAGUACGAGGCUGGGAACAAGAUUGGGAAAGGCCUCUUCAGCAACGUAUCGGAGACUCGAGAGCGAUCUGGAAGUCAGCAUCCCACCGUCUUCUACUGCGCAACAAAGAUAGCAUACAACAACUAGAUGCCGAGCAAGCAAUAAUGGAGCAGAUGACUGCGAGGAUGGAGUUGGAGAAGAUGCAACAGCCCCAGAUGAGGAGCAUCCAGAGCAUUGAAGAGAUGGCUGAAGAAGAUAGGAGGGCAGAGGAGGAAUGGAGUGGCAUCGCAAAUCAACUCGCUUUUGAUGCACAACUCCCUGGUGUUCAGGAAGUCAAGUUCGUUUCGUUCCGUCACCAGAAACGCCACAUUGCAAAUGCUCGGCGGUAA